CAUUUUCACUUGGAGGUUCUGAUCUUUCCGAGUUAUCUUGGUUAUGAGGUGAUAAUAGUUUAUUGUAGUCGAUGCUAUGCGCCGGGUGAGAUUGAGGGGAGCUGUUUCCAUGUCUUUCGCUUUGAAAAACAAUUUAGGUUCUCCCCCAAAAUGUAGAUCAAUGGAGCAAACGCACACUCGAAGAAGUCCUAGGACGCGCCUGUGGAAGUUUAAUAAUUUUGAACAUAUUUGUGGCAUUUUACCAUGUAAUUUCGCAGGACCCUUGCAGUUAGGAGAAACCAAUAGCCUUCCUGUUUCUCGGCCUUACGUCAUAACGCCCCACCUGGCAGGAGCCAUGCCUGAUGUCAUAACCCCCCACCUGGCAGGAGCCAUGCCUGAUGUCAUAACCCCCCACAAGGCAGGAGCCAUGCCUGAUGUCAUAACCCCCCACAAGGCAGGAGCCAUGCCUGAUGUCAUAACCCCCCACAAGGCAGGAGCCAUGCCUGAUGUCAUAACCCCCAACAAGGCAGGAGCCAUGCCUGAUGUCAUAACCCCCCACAAGGCAGGAGCCAUGCCAAUCCAAGAGCUGUCUAGGAAACGGAAGGGGGAUCUAGAUAACAGGGAAAACGGUGAUGCUCAAAUAGAGGAGCAACAGAGCAGAUCGGAAGACGAUGAUCAACAGGUGAAAAUAAAAUGGUUCAGGGAGCCACACAGCCAAAUUGAAAAGCGGCGAAGGGACAAAAUGAACACCCUUAUUGAUGAGCUGUCAGCCAUGAUCCCCUCCUGGAACCCCAUGGCCAAAAAGCUUGACAAACUCACGGUUCUGCGAAUGGCUGUACAGCAUCUGAAAACCCUGAAAGCAGGUGCCAGCAGUUCCUUUACUGAUGUUAACUACAAACGCAAGCCUUCAUUUCUGCCUCAGGAUGAUCUCAAGCACCUGGUGCUCACGGCUGCAGAUGGGUUCCUGUUCGUGGUGAGUUGUGACAGGGGGAAGAUCCUCUUUACCUCAGAAUCCGUCUCCAAGUUCCUCAACUACAGUCGGUUGGAACUAAUUGGACAGAGUCUUUUUGAUUAUGUCCACCCGAAGGACAUUAGUAAAGUGAAAGAGCAGCUGUCAGCCUCAGGAUUAUACCCUCGUGAACGGCUCAUAGAUGCCAAAAGCUCUCCCGGUUCUUUAGCAGGGUUACAGGUGCAGGACCUUCCUGUGGGAGCAGUUCAACUGUGUACAGGGGCACGGCGCUCCUUCUUCUGCCGCAUGAAGCACAGCAGAACAGUUAUGAAGACAGAAGACAAAACCAUCCAGCCCAGCAGCUCCAAGAAAAAGGAGUCUCAACGAUAUUGCACUGUCCAUUGCACUGGUUACAUGCGGAGAUGGCCCUCCACCCAGCUGGAUGCUGAGAGCGACGAUAACGAGUCCUCCCAUCUGUCCUGCCUGGUUGCUGUGUGCCGCGUUCACCCUAACAAUGCCUGUCAGCCCUCACAAGAGGUCACGGUCAAACCCACCCAGUUUGUCACUCGCUUUGCAAUUGACGGCAAGUUCAACUUCAUAGACCAACAAGCCACUACUGUUCUGGGCUACUUGCCACAGGAACUACUGGGGACGUCUUGUUAUGAGUACUUCCACCAGGACGACAUGCAACACCUCACAGAGACACAUAGGAAAGUUCUCCGUAGUAAAGAGAAGAUUGAGACCAGCUGCUACAAGUUCAAAACAAAACUUGGCUCCUUCAUCAUGCUUCAAAGUCAGUGGUUUAGUUUUAUAAACCCUUGGACCAAAGAAGUGGAGUUUAUUGUGUCAACAAACCGAGUUUUGGGACCUGGUCAGACAGAAACUGAACAGCCGAGCAGCUCCGAGCUGUUGGACGAAGAGAGAAAACGUACUAUCCUUAUCCCUGGCAUCUCCAGUGGCAUGGCCACUAUGAUCUACUCUGACAGCAUAGGGACCCAGAUAGCAAAUGAGCUCUUGGACUCCAACAGGGUCAAUUGUUCUCCAUCAAUUGGAACCUCCAGUCCCUUCUGUCCAUCUCAGGACAGGUCUCCAAUGGUCUCCUCUCAUGCCAACAUGCCAAAUGAGGAGGUGACUGACUCCGAUACAGUGAGCAAGUCUGGAUCAGAGUCUGCUUCAAAGGGGGCCACAUACGCUGGCAGCAACACACAUAUGGACACAGGAGAGAGCUCCCAGAUGAACCUGGACAGCAUGGUGGGACCCGGCCUCGGUAUCCUGAGCAACAACGAGGCUGCCAUGGCCGUCAUCAUGAGCCUGCUGCAGACUGAUGCCAACCUGGGGGACGCAGUAGACUUUGACAACAUGCACUGGUCUCACUAGCAUAGAUUCAAAUGCCAUGAAUUCAGGAGAAGAAUUUAGAUUCCAAUUCAAGAUUUGAAAAAUGCUAUUUAUUCCUAUCUACAUUACUUCAUUUAUUUAUUUAAGCAUUUUCAAAGAGGAUUUCUACCAAUUCCUGAAUUGGGAUUUCAAUUCACUUCCAGAAUUGAAAUGGAAUUGACCCCCAACUCCAUCAGUCCUUAACUCUGUAGUUUAUGGUUAGACAAACUCCAUCCAGGGACUAUUUUCAUGUGCUCCGCUACCAAUGAAACAGAUUUAUGUGCUUCUGAGGAACUUCUACAGCUCUCUGUUUAAGUUUCAGCAGGAGAAAUCCAGCCUGAACUAAGAUCAGCAAACUCUUUGGUGGCUUGCACAGCUGGUUCAAGUGGUGGGGAUUUUUUUAAUCAAUGUUUCAAUGUAACUGAAUGUGUACUAAAACCACCCGAGUUUUCCUUUAUCUGAGGGGUCACAGAUCGAUACCAGUUCGGUUCCCGCAGGUGUGAAAGUGAUCAACCCAAAUUCCAAGGGAGUGGACAAAGGCAUAGGUUAAUCAAUUACAAAGUAUAUUAAGUUUGAACACUGAUCACUUGUGUGAAUAAAUUGAAAUGAAACAUUACAA